AUGGAGAAAAACACUCCGGUGAGGAAAUCACACACUUCUACGGCGGAUCUACUAACUUGGCCGGAGAAUCAACCGUUCGAAUCUCCAUCCGCCGUAGCAUCUCGCUCCGGUGCCAGAUCGCACCAGCCGUCGGAUGGGAUAAGUAAAGUUGUGUUUGGAGGACAAGUUACAGACGAAGAAGUAGAGAGCUUGAACAAGAGAAAGCCUUGUUCAAAUUACAAGAUGAAAGAAAUCACAGGGAAUGGUAUUUUCUCUGCGUAUGAAGAAAAUGAUGAAUCCGAGCCAGGAACUGCUACAAACGGCAAAUCAAGAACAUACCAGCAACCACCAGCAGCAAUUGUAAGUCACAUUUCGUUCGGGGAAGAAGAGAUUGUGACUCCAAAGAAACCAGUAACGGUGCCAGAAGUGGCGAAGCAACGCGAGCUAAGUGGUACAUUGGAGCAUCAAUCUGAUGCUAAGCUUAAUAAGCAAUUCUCAGAUGCUAAGUGUAAAGAACUAAGUGGUCAUAACAUCUUUGCCCCUCCACCUGAAAUCAAACUACGUCCUACCGUUCGUGCCUUGGCUUAUAAAGACAACUUCAACUUGGGAGAAUCAGACACCAAACCGGAUGAGGAACUGAAGACGGCCAAGAGGAUUCCGGACAGGAAAUUCACGGAUUUGUCGGGAAACAAUGUAUUCAAAGGGGAUGCUCCGUCUGCAGCAGCGGCUGAGAGGCUUCUAAGCUCGGCGAAGUUGAAGGAGAUAAGUGGGAAUGACAUAUUUGCUGAUGCAAAGGCUCAAUCUCGUGACUACUUUGGUGGUGUUCGUAAACCACCAGGAGGAGAAAGCAGCAUUGCCUUGGUCUAA